AUGAGGCGGCGUGGGGCGAUAUUUCGACGUGGGACACGUCGCAGAUUUCGAUGGACUUUACGCGUUUUUAUUUUUGCGUUGCUGCUCCUGACUUUUAUCGUUUUGUUCAACGGACCCUUUUUUACGCUGCCACACUAUUUUUACUUUGCUGGCAAAGGAGCCGUCGAGAUGGGGCCUUCUUCUCCGGCAACGGCAACGUUGCGGGAGGUAGGACGGGAGCCACAGCGAGUGCGGCGCCCUACAAAUGUGAUGACAGAUGUUCCUUUAAACAUUCCCACUGAUGCCCCCCAGGAAGGUCUGCUGUGGCCCCACCAACGCCACGAUUUGGAUGCCUUGUACUCCACUCAAACAUGCAAACUGGUGGCUGAUGGACCAAAUGAGGCCAAUGAAGGGGAUGUAUUGAUGCGAGUGCGGUUAUUUAGACCGAAUUGCCGACAGAGAGUCCAUGGAGGAGGCGAAGGGAAGGUGAGGAAAGGGCCAUGUGACGACAGUGCACAUCCUAUUGUUGGACUCAUGCCACAUCAGUCGGCCGCAUCGUUUUUCCCGGAGGAGGUUUUAAUGGAUGAGACAGACGUGCAAGUUGGUCCUAGCACUUUACGGAGUAUUGUGGAGGAGGAAAAGGAAGAGGGAGAAGAGAAGGGAAUGCGGUGGUGCGCCUCUCCCACGGCGUCACCGUCACUGCGAUGCCGUCUACGUUGUCGUGGGGAUGCGGAAGGAAAAUCACGCCUGGUAUGGGAUUCCGGGGAGUUUUUUGUAGGCAUCUCUCUACGCAUGACGGCUACGCAAGACGAAUUAUCGAGUGGUUUGGAUGCUAACUUUUCUUUUAAUCCGGAGUAUAAAAUGCGUUUUUUUGGACUUCCAUUAUCCCAUGCGUCGGGACUUCGUCUACCAGACGACGGUGAGUAUCGUCUCUUUAACCAGUUUCACUUAAAUCAGACACUCUUAUCGGGGACAAGGAUGCAUGGUUCCGUUCCACUUUUGUACGGUAUUGGACGAGCGCCAAUUCGUUACGGUAAAAAGUCGUUGUAUGGACAGCGACGACGUGCAAUAGGCAUUCUUUGGCUAAAUGGUUCCCCAUUACACGUGCGUACGGCUACAGGAGGCGUUGGCGGAGAAACGACCCUAUCCUUUAGGAGCACAGCCGGUGCGACUCGUGUGUAUCUGUUGCCGGGACCCACAGCCGAGGAUGUUCUUUUGCAGUAUUACACUUUGACGGGGUUUCCAAUGAUGCCGCCGCUCUUUGCAUUGGGCUACCAUCAUGCACACCGUGGGUACGGGAAAAUGGAUGAACUGCUGAAUGUGAGCGCUGCCUUCUUACAGGCACAAAUACCAGUUGACACACUGGGCAUUGGCUUGCAUUACAUGCGCGGUAAACGAAUUUUCACGUGGAACUUGACACGUUUCUCGAACCCUGUGAAAUUACAGGAUGAGCUCUGGCGUCAUGGUGGAAGAUUUAUGGUUCUUUCCACGGUGCCAUAUGUACAGGUGGAUCCACGCUUUUCGCUUUACAUUGAGGGAAAGCGACACGAGUACUUUGUCAGAACAAAUGCGGAUUCAGACGAGAUUUUUAUAGGAUUUUCUGAGUCUGGUGCAAACGUAUGGAUUGACUUUCUCGACUCCCGUGCACGGCACUGGUACGGUGGUCUGAUGAAGUACAAGCGUUUUCUUGGUUCCACAAACCACACUUUUUUUUCAUUGGAGGAAAAUGAGCCCUUUUUGCAGGGUGGAGUGCGGGGAACGCUUCCGAUGGACGCGGGGCACCGUGGGGCCGUUCCGCAUGAAGUUAUUCAUAACCUGUAUGGCAUGCUGCACGCCAUGGCCGCUUACGGUGGCCAACUGCGACGAACACAAUUCUACCGCCGGCCAUUUCUCAUUACACAGUCCUACUUUGCUGGAACACAGCGUCACGCAGCGGUGCGUCUGGGGUACAACGCGGCUUCCUGGGAACAUCUGCGUUCCAGCGUAGAGCUGUGUCUGGCGCAUAGCAUUGCAGGCAUUUCUUUUGUCGGUGCCGACGUUGGAGGAUUUUACUUUCAGAACGUUGAGGAAGAGUUAUUAGUGCGGUGGUAUCAACUCGCUGUGUUUUACCCGCUUUUUUGCACGGAUGCCAACGAGAACGCACCGUUACGUGAAGUGUGGCGUUUGGUGCCCCAUGUGCGCGCCCGCAUUCGUGACGCCGUGCAGUUCCGUUACGCUCUUUUGCCAUAUUUGUACACACUUUUUUGGAGAGCCCAUUUGGAUGGCGAGUUAAUCAUUCGUCCUCUUUUCUUUGUUUACCCGCAGGACCCUCUUGCGUACGUUGAGCCGACGAUGCUGGGCCAACGGUUUUUUCUCGGUCCACACCUCUUUGUGGCACCGGUGUUAACUUCAGUGGGAACGAGGGAUGUGCUGCACACAGUUCAGAUACCGCAGGAGGAUUUAUAUAAUUUUUGGUCGGGCGAAUUUGUGGCGGCGGGAACGACAUUGCGGGUUUCAAAGAACAUUUCAUAUUCACACCUGCCGGAGGAGGAGAUCACACCGCUUUUUCAGCGGGUAGGAACCGUUCUUCCUACAUUUACGAACACGAGUGGGAUGCGCAGCACGCACGACGCGGCGAACUACACUCUAACGGUGACGCUCCCACGUUUGGAACCGUUUUUCUCGGGAGGAGGAGAAUACGGGGGCAGUGGAAUUAGCGAUCAAAUUCUUGCGCAGGGCGAUUUAUUUGUAGAUGACGGUAGUCGACACAUCAAUUAUCAUGGCCGCAAUGCCAACUAUCACGCAUUCUGUGCCCUUGCCUUGGAGUGCGUUCUUUUUCCAGGGAAAGGUGACCUUGUUCUGAGGUGGAGAGCCAUUGCAAACUCGUCAUGCUGUGAUGUACUCCACGUGCUUCGGAGUAGCACGACAGACGUGACAGAUGGAGAAUCAUUUCUCUUGACGCGUCUGCGUUUCAUGUUUGCCACGCCUGAGGAGAAGAAGCACGUGACGCUUGUUGAGUCUCUGGUGGACGAUCAGAGAAUGACGCUUUCGCUAGGUGGGAGCAAGCCGUCAUUAUUGGAGGUUUCUGGUGUGGCGCUGCCACUGCUGGCUGGGGAUUGCCACGGGAAUGGUGCCGACAGCCGAGGCUCCUCACGGCCGGUGGGGGAAGUUCACCUAAAAUUGAAUUUCUCACACGACUCAUGGCCUUGA